CCAUCGGCGCGCCAUCACGCCGCCCGUGCAAUGUAUGGAAAGCGGGAAGCAAACUCCAUAUUUGGGAGCGUUCCAUUCAACCCAGACGACCAGCAACGGACUGAUGCGUACCUUCGACAGAAGCUGAACGCGAACUUCCUGUCGCGACGACCAGGACCUGGUGGACGGCGGUUGACUUACCUCGAGAGCUGCAAAGCGAUCGAAAUUGCAAACGAAGCGUUCGGCUUCAAUGGAUGGAGCUGCCGCAUCGUCGAUUGCAAUGUGGAAUGCAAGGAGAAGACCGACGACGGCAAGUGGACUGUCAUCUACAGCUCUGUUGUACGCAUCGAACUGAAAGACGGCGCGAGCCACGAAGAUGUCGGGUUCGGACAGAGUGAAGGAAUGAAAGACUUGGGGGCUGCUCUCGAACAAGCCAAGAAGGCAAGCAUCUCCGAUGCGAGAAAGCGAGCUUUGCGCUUGUUUGGGGAAUACCUGGGGAAUUCAUGCUACGACAAAGAGCAUAUAAAAGACGUAGCUGCCAACCGAGCCAACCAUUCGACUCUGCAGUCUCCAACAUCCAUCAAAAUUGAAAACGGACAAGUGCAUACACCAUCGGGAAUGAACACCCCUCCCCUUCACCCUCCACGGGCCGCUCUUUCGUUGCAAGCACCAACCGCCGCUCCACAUUUUCAACCACCUCCUCGAGAGAUCCCAUCACCAGUUUCUUCGGAGUGUGCAGUCGACGGCCGUGCGAAAGUUGGCGACGGACACGCUACUGGAAAUUCGUUCACUCUGCAUGGCCCACCCGCGAAUACGUCCAACCUACCGUCACAUCAAGCGCCCACAAGUCUUCAACAAAAGCAAGACGUGCGGCUAACGCCAGGGACUUCAGCGAUGAAGGCCGAACCCAGAGCCGUCUCUGCACCUCUGAACUAUGCGCUUGCCCCACGUAACCCGCCGCCAGGCACUAUCCCCGCGGCUAGUUGGAACACACUGGCGAAUUCGUCCUCCAACUACACCCCAGGCAUUCAUCCAGCCCAUGACCAGCAUGCAAUUGUGAUUUCACGUGCCCCAACACCGUGUGAAAGUAGAAAUAUGCCAACCCCGCCUACAUUUCACCGCCCAAUGCCUCGUAACACAACGCUGUCGUCGCCAUCCAUGCAGCCCGUCCACAGCACCGACAACUCAGCAGACAUCAAUCGGAAGCGGUGUUUGGACGUGUAUGGCGCGAACGCGACGAGUCACAACUCCCGCAUUGCCGCCGUCGACGAUCUAGAUGGAUUGAGGUUGUCACAAUUUGAGUUCGACGAUGGGUCGGCUGCUGUCGCCAAAAAGGCGCGGCCGUAAACGCCCUUGUGGACUUUCCACUGCACCACUUUCGAGACGAGGUCGUUUUCAUAAAGACGGUUGAAGAAGACUGUGUAUUUGGUGGUGCCCGUUUGUGUUUUGUGCGGGAAUGCUCGCUCGUUGGUGCUGCGGCGGCGAUGGUGGUUGAGCGAAGGCCGUGUUCACGGCAGAAUCCCAUUUGUGAUUUUCUGGAACUGGUCGUACCGCUUCGUCCAUUUGUUCUUGUAGCUGAGCUUGAUCAACUUCAUU